UGCGUGGGAGAUGGCCGGGGAGCAAGGAUGUUCUUGGGAACAGAAUGGUGAAGCACUUGAAACAAACAUUCAGAAGGAAAAAUGGAUCACUGGUGUUGGCCAUCAGAAACCAACAGCUUUCGACGUUUCACCCCUGAGUCCUUGGCAGCAAUUGAGCAAAGAAUUGCUGAGAAAAAAAAGCAGCCAGACAAAGAAAAAGAGAAGAAUAAGGACGAAGGAGUUGAAGAAGAACAACUUACUCCCCAGCUUGAUUUGAAAAUCUGCAAAAAGCUGCCAUCUCUGUAUGGGGACAUUCCAGCAGAGCUCAUUGGGGAACCCCUGGAGGAUUUUGAUCCGUACUACAGUGAUCACAAGACUUUUAUGGUGAUAAAUAAAAGGAGGACCAUUUUCCGGUUUACUGCAACACCUGCCUUGUGUAUAUUUGGUCCUUUUAAUCCAGUUAGAAAAGCAGCAAUUAAAAUUCUGACCAAUUCAUGUUUUGUUGGCGUUAUCAUAUGUACCGUGCUACUCAAUUGUGUGGUUAUGACUGUACGUCAGCUCCCACCAGCACUCAACUGGACUGAAAUUGCUUUUACUACCAUAUAUACUACUGAAAUACUGAUAAAAAUAGUAGCAACAGGAUUUGUUUGGAAUGAAUUUACCUUCCUUCGAGAUCCGUGGAACUGCUUGGAUCUGUCUGUUAUCAUUGUAAUGUAUGUUACUAUGUUUCAAAAAAUAGGCAAUGUUUCAGCUCUUCGAACUUUCAGAGUACUGAGGACUUUGAAAGCCAUUUCAGUAAUACCAGGUCUGAAAAUCAUUGUAAAUUCACUUGUUGAAUCUGUUAAGAAACUUGCUGAUGUCUUCAUCUUGACUGUGUUUUGCUUGAGUAUAUUUGCCCUAAUAGGCCUCCAGCUUUUUAUGGGCAAUUUAAGAUUCAAAUGUGUCCUCAAUAAUACUGUGUACAAUGACUCAUUCUGUAAGGAUCCCAAGAUCUAUGUACCAAGUGAUGAAGAUAUAUGCCACAGAAUGAAUGGCUCUUCUGACAUAUUGCUCUGUGAGAUCAGUUCAGAUCCUGGGAAAGAGUGCCCAGAAAACUAUACCUGCCAGAAGAUUGGGCAGAAUCCUGACUUUGGUUAUACAAGUUUUGAUCAUUUUGGCUGGGCCUUCCUCUCUGUAUUCCGUCUGAUGACACAGGAUUCCUGGGAGCGUCUCUACAGACAAACUAUCCGUACAUCUGGAGUGACCUGCAUUUUUUUUUUUAUGGGAGUCAUCUUUUUCUGCUCAUUUUAUCUCUUCAAUCUGAUCUUGGCUGUAGUAACUAUGGCAUAUGAAGAACAAAACAGAUCUAGUCUUGCUGAAACAGAGGCCAGGAAAAAACUACUUCAGGAUGCCCAUGAAAUUAUAGAGAAAGAACAGGAGUUGGCUGCAGCAGAAAGCAGUAAGACCUUGCAGGUUGAGUCUGAAGUGCCAGUUGCUGACUUGAAAAAUUCGAAAGGAAAAGAGAUUAAUAAAGAAACACCUAUUUUAAGACAAAAUGUAUCUUUAGGUGAUCAGGAGAAAGAGGAGCAAAUAUUUCAUUCACAGCCUGGUCACUGCCACAGGAAGCUUAGGAAGGUCCUGCUGUCCUAUGAUGUGUCAGUGGAGUCUAUUAAUGAUCCUUUCCGAAGACAGAGGUUAAUGAGUGCAGCCACUAUUCUUACAGAUAAUUCGAAGUCAAAAGUGAAAUGUCCUGCAUUGUGGAAACGUUUUGCUCUAAAGUGUCUAGUUUGGAAUUGUUGUCCAUUCUGGAGAGCAGUCAAAGAGAAGGUGAAAUUGGUGAUUUUGGAUCCGUUUGUUGAACUCUUUAUCACAGUUUGCAUUAUCUUGAACACCUUAUUCAUGGCUAUGGAGCACCCUGGCAUGUUACCAGAAACCAGAGCAAUGAUUACUAUAAGUGACCAGGUCUUCACCCUGAUUUUUACACUAGAGAUGAUCUUGAAAAUCAUUGCUCUAGAUCCUUAUUACUAUUUUCAGAACAAGUGGAAUGUUUUUGAUAGCUUGGUUGUUUUGAUUGGUCUACUGAGUUUUGGAACCAAUCUGUCACCUUUCAGGGCGAUCAGGAUCUUCAAAUUGGCAAAGUCCUGGCCAGCCUUAAAUACUCUUAUGAGAAUAAUUCUAAACUCAUUUGGUGCUCUGAGUAACCUCACUCUGGUUUUGGCUAUCACUGUGUUUAUUUUUGCUAUAGUAGGAAUGCAGUUUUUGGGCAGUGAUUAUGAAAAAAAAUUCCAUAAAAUAAGCACCAGUAAGGAUUUACGCUGGCAUAUGAAGGAUUUCAAUCAUUCAGUCCUGAUUGUAUUCCGAAUAUUAUGUGGAGAAUGGAUUGAAAUGAUGUGGGAAUGUAUGGAAGUGGCUGGAAAACAGAAAUGUAUUAUCAUUUUCUUGCUAGUCCUGGUGAUAGGAAACCUGGUGGUGCUCAACUUGUUCAUUGCCCUGCUGCUGAGUUCGUUCAAUACUGAUGCCUCAGCGGGACAAGAGGAACCUGGAGAAAGGACUAAAUGUCAGAUUGCCCUUGCACAGAUUUACAAGGGCCUGAAGUCUGUGAAAGACAGAAUUCUGGAUCCUUGUGGCAGAAAAGUGAAAGGAAGCCUCAGAAAAACAGACAAAAAGAAGACUUUGGAAGAAAUUUCUGGUAAAAACAUAGAGGAUAAUAAUUAUGCCAUGACAGAUGUCAGAAAAUACAUAGACAACAAUUGCUUUGACACAGAGUGUUACCAUAAUGAAGAGAAUUCCUCAAUAAUAAGGAAAUAUAAAGAUCUUUCCAGCAGUCACAGUACCUGUGUUCCCAUUGAAGCAGCAGAGAGUUACAGUGACAAAAGUGAUGAUCAGCACAUUGUAUUCACAGAAACAGAACACAGAAAACAGAGAGACAGAUUAGGACAUAGAGAUCAGCGUCAGAGUUCAAGCAGCUUCAGUCAGAUUUCUGGGACUCCUGAAACUAAAAAUGUUUUCACAGUAACACAUGAAAAGCAAGAGCAAAAAGAGAAAUGUGGUGCUGCUCACAGCUUUUCUGAAGCCAGCAGUGUGGAUCCGGCUGUUGGUCUGGAGAUGUUUUCCCAGACUAAAAACUCACAGCUGCCUAAGGACUGUUUUGCAGAAAAUUGUGGUAAAUGUUUCCCAUGUUGUGUAGUGGAUAUCACCAAGUUUCCAGGCAGAAAUUGGUGGAACUUGAGGAAAACCUGCUACAGAAUUGUUAACCAUAGCGGGUUUGAGUAUUUUAUGGUUUUUGUGAUAGUAUUGAGCAGUGCAGCACUGGCAUUUGAAGAUAUUCACCUGCAGAAUAGAAAAACAGUGAAAAUGAUCCUAGAUUAUGCUGAUAAAAUAUUUACCUACAUCUUUUUGAUGGAGAUGCUUCUGAAAUGGGUAGCUUAUGGAUUGCAGAGUUACUUCACAAAUUCCUGGUGUUUGCUUGACUUUGUCAUUGUAUGUUUGUCAUUUGUUUCCUGGGGACUAAAUCCUGGUACGGAAGACAAGGCACGUUGUUCCUCUGGGAGUGGCCUGAAAUCUCUCAGGACUCUUAAAGCAUUGAGGCCUCUACGAGCUUUGUCAAGAUUUGAAGGGAUAAAGGUUGUUGUCAAUGCACUCCUUGGAGCUAUCCCCUCAAUCUUCAAUGUUUUGCUCGUCUGUGUUGUCUUUUGGCUCUUAUUUAACAUUCUAGGAGUAAAAUGGCUUGGGAAAAGAUUUUCAAAGUGCAUACUCCAGGAAGGAAAUAUCAGUCUCAUUAAUAACAAAAGUGAUUGUGAGUCUUAUGGUGGAAAUUGGACAAAUUAUCCUGUAAACUUUGAUAAUGUUGGGAUGGGAUACUUGGCUCUUCUCCAAGUGGCAACUUUUAAAGGCUGGAUGGAUAUUAUGUAUGCAGCAGUGGAUUCACGUCAGAUCGAUGAACAGCCAAAGUUUGAAGCAAGCUUACACAUGUACAUAUACUUUGUGGUUUUCAUUAUUUUUGGAUCUUUCUUCAUGUUGAACCUUUUUGUUGGAGUGGUUAUCAGCAAUUUUAACCAACAGAGGAAAAAGAUAAGUGGAAAGGAUCUGUUUUUGACUGAGGAACAGAAAAAGUACUAUAAUGCCCUAAAAAAACUUGGAUCCAAGAAACCUCAAAAACCCAUCCCAAGACCAUCGAAUGCAUUCCUGGGAUUGCUGUUUGAUAUCGUAAUGCACAAAGCAUUUGACAUCAUCACUGUGAUUUUCAUCUGCCUAAAUAUGAUUGUUAUGAUGGCAGAAAAUAACCAGGAAGGCACCAAGGAGGUUCUUAAUAAAAUCAACUAUUUUUUUGUGGCUGUAUUUACAGCGGAAUGUGUCAUAAAAAUGCUGGCCUUAAGGCAGCACUACUUCAAAAGUGGCUGGAACUUAUUUGAUCUUAUUGUUGUGGUCCUUUCAAUAGUUAGUAUUGGAGUUUCUGAAGCCUUCAAAAAAUUCUUCUCUCCUACACUUUUGAGAACUAUUCGUUUGGUGCGAAUUGGCCGAAUACUGAGAUUGAUCAGAAGAGCGAGAGGAAUUCGAACCCUUCUCUUUGCAUUACUGAUGUCUCUUCCUGCACUAGUCAACGUUGGCCUUUUGCUUUUCCUGAUUACAUUUAUUUAUGCCAUUGUGGGCAUGGCAAACUUUGCCUGUCUUCCCUGGGAAGGUGGGAUUGAUAACAUUUUCAACUUUCAAACCUUUUCUGGAAGCAUUCUCUGUCUCUUCCAAAUUACAACAUCAGCUGGCUGGGAUACUCUUCUGGCCCCUUUGUUAAGUGAAUCUGGUAUAUGUUCUCCCAACUUAGUUUUAAAAGAGAAAGAUAAAAUUAAUUGCAAAAAUAGAGCAUUUGGUAUUUUUUAUUUUGUAAGCUAUGUCAUUAUAUCAUUUCUCAUUGUUGUAAAUAUGUACAUAGCUGUCAUUUUAGAGAACUUCAAUGUUGCCACUGAAGAAAGCACAGAUCCUCUUUGUGAGGAUGACUUUGAUAUGUUUUAUGAGACCUGGGGAAAAUUUGAUCCUCUGGCAACACAGUUUAUUGACUAUUCUGCUCUUUCCGACUUUGCAGAUGCUCUGGCAGAACCCUUGCGCAUUCCAAAGCCCAACAACAUCCAGCUCAUAUCCAUGGAUCUCCCUCUAGUGAGUGGAGAUAAGAUCCACCACUUAGAUAUCUUGCGUGCUUUCACUAAAAGGGUCUUGGGAGAAUUUGGAGAUUUAGAUAGUCUUGAAUUAUUCAUGGAGGAAAAAAUUGUGGUUGCCAAUCCAUCUGAAAUUUUUCACAAGCCAAUUUCUUCCACUCUUAAAAGAAAACAAGAGGAGGUGUCAGCAGUUAUUAUCCAAAGGGCCUUCAGGAGGUAUUUGAUACAGCGUUCUUUCAAAAAUACAUCUUUCUUAUGCCGUCACAGACAGAACAGUGCUGCCUUUGGAGAAGAAACACGGGAGAAGCAAAGGCUUAUUGUAUCAAUGCUUAAUGAAAGUAGUGGCAGGAAGACACAUAAAUCACGGCCUGUUUCUUCCACAUCUCUCCCUUGACUUUAUGAUGCUAUUGCUGACACAAAUGAGCUGGACACAUAAGGUUACCCCAGGCUGCAGCAUUUUUGACAUUCAAAGCAAAGUCACUGAUUUUCAGAUGGAGACAAUAUGUAAAUCCUAGAGCAUAAUACUCUAAAUUUAGAAUAAUGAUGGCAGCCUUCAAGUAUUCUGAUUGUUCAAAUUUGCAAAUUCUCCUUAAAAUGAUUAAGGUCUGAACAACUAUGUCAUAAAUAUUGGAGGAAAAUCAAACCCUAGAACUUUUUUCUCAUUUACUGGAGUAGGUGGGUUAAUUUUUUCACCUGCCAGAUUUGUCCUAGUUCAUGUGUUUACGGAAGAAAUCCAUAAAAGGUCGGUUGUAAGCACAGAUUUAUAAACACACAAGGCCCUAGAAGAAUGUAUAUCUCAUUAGAGAUAACCAAUAUUUCCAACCAGGCAUUAUUGUAGCAAAAUGAAAGAAUUACUGCACUUCUGUAAUAGAACUCAUUCAGGACACUCGAGUAUAAUCAGCCUCUAAUUUUGAUGGGUUUGGGACCAUCCUCCUCUGCCACGGUCCGAAGGGGGGAUGGGGCCGUGACACAGCACGGAUGGGUCCGGAGACAAGGUAGGAGUGCAGAUGGAAUGCUUUAUUGAGGCAUGCAUGGGAUUUUUUAUCAGUUCAGGCAGGGAAAGGGCUAGAACAUG